AUGGCUUCCUCUGAGGCUUGGUAUUUGACCUGGUUUCCCCUCCGAGAGCCCUACUUGAGACUUGGUGCGAUUUGCGCUACGAAAAAUCGACCAAAGAUUGGCACACAAAGGAACCAAGUGAAAUUCGCCUCCUUGGCGGAGUACACUGUGCAUGUCGGGUUUUCGCUGGUGUUUGAGCAUGAAUAUGCCACCCAGGAAUACGUGGGCUUGAUGGAGGACUCAAACGUCCCGAAGAAUCCGAGGGACCCAAACAAUUCCACGGACUUGCGGAGAGAUAAGUCCAGAGAUAUUCAGACCUCGAUGAAGAUGUUCGCUCUUCAUUGGGACGAUUGCUUCCCGUUUGUCUAUGUUAAGAUCCCCGACAACUUAGCUUUCAAUGAAGAUGACAAUUUCGAUGUUCGGCCGGUCAACUUGAGACUAGCAAAUGCUGAGUUGCUGUCUCUUUGCGAAGCUCGGUUGGUGAUCAUCGAGAACCAUAUCCUUUGCCCGAAUGGGUGGGCCACUGCUCGACUCUCCCACCCAUGGGGUACGGGACAUCGUGAGCUCAUUCCUGCGCGACACGGUUACCUGGUGUUGACCCAGGACAUGAGUAAGGAUGAUAUCGAACGAUUUCCGUCGCAGGAUGUUUUUUUGAGGCGGCAUCUGAGUCCGAGACCAUUUGAACAACAGAUCAACGCGAUCUACAAAAUGUGGAACAAUCGGAAUUCCCUCAGGGACUUAUACAAGAUGCUACUUUCUGCAAGCUUCGAGCAUUUUCCUCCUGUGAAUCUUUAUGGAACAUUACGCCAGGAUUUGUUUCAAGAUAUCGAAGGCCGACUCCUGAAAUCAGAAUUCAACAGUCGACAAAUGGAGGCAUUUAAUCAUCUCAAAGCACUCUCUGGCCCUUUUGCGCUGAUUCAAGGCCCGCCAGGAACAGGCAAGACGUAUUGGUUGCUGUGGUGUUUGCUACCGUUUCUCAACGAGAAUAGCAAGUCCAACACAAAGCGCCAGGUCUUGAUUGCAACACCGACUAAUGAAAGUGUUUUUCGAACAGCGAAGGAGAUGAACAAUAUCUGCAUCGACAUGCUUAAGCCUCGAAUGGGAUCUAAGAUGAUUGUUGUCGUCCGCGUGCAGCAUCUUCCGGGGAGUAGCCCGAUGAGCUCAUAUUCGACGCAAGAUGCUCUGGAAAUCCUCAACAGCAUGGCAUCCACACAAGCAAUCCUGAAUUCUCAAUUUACCACAACUAACCAGAGCCGUUCCCCUUCUCGCCGGGCAGACUCCAGUACGGAACUCACCUAUGUCUAUUGGAUGUUGCGUCUUUCGGGAAUCAUUUCAGAUGGCGAAGGCGAACCGGACAGAUCCUACACCAUAUUCCGCGAAUGCUUCGACAUGUUCAGACAGCGAAAAUUGCUCAAAAUUGGUGGUAAGGAAGGAAAUAACCGAAGGAUCUCAUAUCUGUGUCAGGGCACGAACAGACUUCUUCGCGCCGUACUUGAAAUGGCUGAUGUGAUUGUUUGCACGCCCUCCGCCGCUGGACACCCGACAAUCGUGGACGCAAUCAAACCCGCUGUUGUUGCCGUUGAUGAAGCUGCCAAAUGGUCCGAGCCAGAGAUGUGGCCGAUUCUCGCGCAUUACUACCCAGCCCCGAUCCUGAUGGCAGGCGAUCACUGCCAGCUUGGUCCGACGGUGAAAUCAGACUGGAGAUCAAAUCCAUUCUAUCUUCAGCUACGCUUUUCAUUGUUCGAACGUCUUAUAGAGGGUGCAAACAAGUCGAUAAUGCUGCAAGUGCAACACCGCGUGCAUCCAGAUAUCUCCACCCUUGUGAGCCAGACAUUCUACAAAGAUAAGUUGAUAGACCAUGACAGCACGAGAACUGCGCGAGCCUAUUUUCUGCGAGGGUUCAACAGGGUUCGAUUCGGGAUAGAAUCAAACCUCCUCUUCCUGGAUUUCUCUCUCAGUCGAACGGAAAUGGAGGGCUACUCGAAGAAAAAUGUGCGACAUGCCAUGGCUGCCAUUGCCAUAUGCAAGGAACUCCUCGAAAUGGAUAGAUUCGCACCAAAGGAUAUAGUGAUCCUGGUUCCUUACGAGGCUCAGUAUCAGACAACUCUAAAGCUUCUCACAGAGCAACAUCAGAAGUCGCGCUCUCUCGGCCUUCGCGAUGUAUCAGUGAAGAAAAUCGACUCCUUCCAGGGUGGCGAGAGUCCAAUUGUGAUCUUUGAUCUGACUGUGACCACAAAUCUCGGGUUCCUUGAUGAUGAAACCCGCCUGAAUGUUGCAUUGAGCCGAGCCAAGGAGGGUCUUUAUAUCUUGGGCAACAUGACAGCCAUGCGCUCGGCUGUCAGGAGUCCUGCGUUCGAAAAGAGAUAUGCACCAUUGAUGAAGGUGCUGAACUAUAUCUCGGGUGCAAGGUUAUGCGCUCGAAAUACGAGACUUUGA